UUGGCCCCUGCGCGCCACGUGGCCCCAGGGUCCCGGUGCGCCCCUGCGCUGCGGCGGCUGCUCAGCUAACGGGCUGCCCGCUGCGCUCCCUCCCUCCCUCCGUGUGUCGGCGCUCCCCGCAGGCCUCCCCCGGUAGUGGCUUCUACUGCAGAACCUGAGACCAUGGCCAGAACAGCACAGAAUGCCAAGUACCGGGGCUCCAUCCAUGACUUCCCAGACUUUGAUUCCAAUCAGGAUGCUGAGGCUCUGUACACAGCCAUGAAGGGCUUUGGCAGUGACAAAGAGUCCAUCCUGGAGCUGAUCACCUCCCGAAGCAACAGACAGAGGCAGGAGAUCUGCCAGAGCUACAAGUCCCUCUACGGCAAAGACCUCAUCGCAGACUUGAAGUAUGAGCUAACGGGGAAGUUUGAACGGCUGAUCGUGAACCUGAUGAGGCCACUUGCCUACUGCGAUGCCAAGGAAAUCAAAGACGCCAUCUCGGGCGUCGGCACAGAUGAGAAAUGCCUCGUUGAGAUCUUGGCUUCCCGGACCAAUGAGCAGAUCCACCAGCUAGUGGCCGCAUAUAAAGAUGCCUAUGAGCGGGACCUGGAGUCUGACAUCAUUGGAGACACUUCUGGCCACUUCCAGAAGAUGCUGAUCGUGCUGCUCCAGGGAACCCGGGAGAGUGAUGAUGUCGUGAGCGAGGACUUGGUCCAACAGGACGUCCAGGACCUGUAUGAGGCGGGGGAACUGAAAUGGGGAACAGACGAGGCCCAGUUCAUUUACAUCUUGGGAAAUCGCAGCAAACAGCAUCUGCGGUUGGUGUUUGAUGAAUAUCUGAAGACCACAGGGAAGCCCAUAGAAGCUAGCAUUCGAGGGGAGCUGUCCGGGGACUUUGAGAAACUGAUGCUGGCUGUUGUGAAAUGCAUCCGCAGUACCCCAGAGUAUUUUGCCGAGAGGCUCUUCAAGGCCAUGAAGGGCCUGGGAACUCGGGACAACACCCUGAUCCGCAUCAUGGUCUCCAGGAGCGAAUUGGACAUGCUGGAUAUCCGAGAGAUCUUCCGGACCAAGUAUGAGAAGUCCCUCUACAGCAUGAUCAAGAAUGACACCUCUGGAGAGUACAAGAAGGCUCUGCUGAAGCUGUGUGGGGGAGACGAUGAUGCCGCUGGCCAGUUCUUCCCGGAGGCAGCACAGGUGGCCUAUCAGAUGUGGGAGCUUAGUGCAGUGGCCCGAGUUGAGCUGAAGGGUACUGUGCGUGCAGCUGAUGAUUUCAACCCUGAUGCAGACGCCAAGGCCCUGCGGAAAGCCAUGAAGGGAAUUGGAACUGAUGAAGCCACCAUCAUUGACAUCAUCACGCACCGCAGUAAUGCCCAGAGGCAGCAGAUCCGGCAGACCUUCAAGUCUCACUUUGGCCGGGACUUAAUGGCUGACCUGAAGUCUGAGAUCUCGGGAGAUCUGGCAAGGCUGAUUCUGGGGCUCAUGAUGCCACCAGCUCAUUAUGAUGCCAAGCAGCUGAAGAAGGCCAUGGAGGGAGCUGGCACCGACGAAAAGGCUCUUAUCGAAAUCCUAGCCACGCGGACCAACGCUGAAAUCCAGGCCAUCAAUAAAGCCUACAAGGAGGACUAUCACAAGUCGCUGGAAGACGCCCUGAGCUCAGACACAUCUGGCCACUUUAGGAGGAUCCUCAUUUCUCUGGCCACGGGGAAUCGUGAAGAGGGAGGAGAAGACCGGGACCAGGCCCGGGAAGAUGCCCAGGUGGCUGCUGAGAUCUUGGAAAUAGCCGACACUCCCAGCGGAGACAAAACUUCCUUGGAGACGCGCUUCAUGACAGUCCUGUGCACCCGUAGCUAUCCCCACCUCCGCAGAGUCUUCCAGGAGUUCAUCAAGAUGACCAACUAUGACAUAGAACACGUCAUCAAGAAGGAGAUGUCCGGGGAUGUUAAGGAUGCAUUUGUGGCCAUUGUUCAAAGUGUCAAGAACAAACCUCUGUUCUUUGCUGACAAACUGUACAAGUCCAUGAAGGGCGCUGGCACAGAUGAGAAGACUCUCACCAGGGUGAUGAUCUCCCGGAGUGAGAUCGACCUCCUUAAUGUCCGGUGGGAAUUCAUUGAGAAGUACGACAAGUCGCUGCACGAAGCCAUCGAGGGUGACACCUCCGGAGACUUCCUGAAGGCCUUGCUGGCUCUCUGCGGUGGCGAAGACUAGGGCCACCAGCUUUGGUGGGUCCCUCUGCCAAGCAGUGGCCAACGGCCCCAGCCCCCCGACCAAGCUGUUGUUCCAGCUCCAGAAACCAGGAGGGAGGAGGGAGGGGCAGGCUGGGCUGCCUUCUUCAGCUGGGGCGCCUUCCCGCUCUUGAGGGUCCCUGGCGGUCCCUCCUUCUGUCCCUCCUGCUCAUGGCUGAGUGGCUGGAGAACCGUUGCCAUAGUCCCAUCUACUUCACCUCCACUCCCCUUUCACCUCCUCCUCAGCCCUCCCAGGCCUCCAUCCCUCACCACAACCCCUGGUUUGAGCUUUGUCAGAUCCCAAAACAUACCAAGCCUCUAUCUGCAAAAUGAGUCAGUCAUGUGUGCUUGAAACGGUGGGCUGUAGUAGCUGGUGCCAGGUGAGUGUGUUGGCGUGUUGCAGGUUAGAUGAAUUUGGUAGACUGGUGAUUUUCCCCCACCAUCACCAGUAAUUCUGCUAAAAUACUGAGCCAGGUUUCAUUUUGCCCUUGAGUUCUGACCUCAGGCUCUUCCCUUCCCUUCUCCAGCCUCUUUUAUUAUCUACAUUAUAGGU